GUCUCAUGCGCUCAUGCAAAGAUCGAUCUUAUUCAUAUCUUUUCUUCCUUUCUAAUAUUUGCUGCUUAACUUCUUGUUUUGUUCUGUGAAUCUCCUCUCCUCUGUGCAGCAAUGGGAGGCUGUUUCUCUAUCUCAUUGUCAUGUGAUCAAGUGGUGACUCAAGUCUCCCAACGGCUAUGCCUCAAGGAGAGUUACGUUCAUAACCUCGCCGAGAAUCUAGCGUCACUGGAGAAAGCCAUGGGAAUGCUAAAGGCGAAGAGAGAUGAUGUUCAAGGAAGGGUAAACAGAGAAGAGUUCACAGGGCAUCGUCAAAAGCUUUCUCAAGUCAAGGUGUGGCUUACGAGUGUCCUUACCAUAGAAAACCAACAUAAUGAUCUCCUUAAUACUAGUGAGCUCGAGCUUAGAAGGUUGUGUCUAUGUGGUUUUUGCUCUAAAAAUAUGAAACUUAGCUGUCGUUAUGGGAAAAAGGUUAUCCUGAUGUUGAGGGAGGUAGAGAGUCUUAUCUCUCAAGGAGAAUUUGAUGUAGUGACUGACACAACUCCUAUAGCUGAGGGUGAAGAGUUGCCUAUCCAACCGACGAUAGUUGGCCAGGAAACAAUGCUGGAAACGGUGUGGAACCGUCUGAUGGAGGAUGAAGUCGGGAUCGUGGGUCUGUAUGGUAUGGGUGGAGUUGGCAAAACCACCCUUCUCACGCAGAUCAACAAUAAGCUUUCUAAAAGAGGUGGUGGGUUUGAUGUUGUGAUAUGGGUUGUGGUGUCUAAAAAAGCAACAGUCCAUAAGAUUCAAGGGAGCAUCGGUGAGAAGCUAGGCCUUGUGGGGAAGGAGUGGGACGAGAAAAGCGACGUGGAGAGAGCCUGUGAGAUCCACAACGUUCUCAGGGGGAAGAAGUUUGGGUUGUUUCUUGAUGAUAUAUGGGAGAAAGUGAGUUUAAGUAAGAUCGGAGUCCCAUAUCCUAGCAGAGAAACCGGAAGCAAAGUAGCAUUUACCACCCGUUCUCGAGAUGUGUGUGGACGCAUGGGGGUUGACGACCCGAUCAAAGUCCGUUGUCUGGACACGGACAAAGCCUGGAUUUUGUUCAAAAAGAAAGUCGGGGAACACACACUGGAAAGGCACCCAGGGAUACCUGAGCUCGCAAUGAAAGUCGCGGAGAAAUGCAGAGGCCUACCGUUGGCACUUAAUGUCAUCGGUGAAACAAUGGCGAGCAAAAGAUCAGUACAAGAGUGGCGUCUAGCAGUUGAUGUGUUGACUUCAUCUGCCACAAAGUUUUCAGGCGUGGAAGAUGAGAUUCUUCCGAUCUUGAAGUAUAGCUACGAUAGUUUGGAUGGUGAGAUGACCAGGUCAUGUUUUCUGUAUUGCUCUCUGUUUCCUGAAGAUCACCUUAUUGGUAAAGAGACGUUGAUAGAGUACUGGAUGGGUGAGGGGUUCGUUGAUGAGAAGGAAGGUAGAGAGAGGGCAAUGAACCAAGGUUAUGAGAUACUCGGGAACCUUGUCCGUGCAUGUUUGUUGUUGGAAGAUGACCGGUACGAAUCAUUCGUGAAAAUGCAUGAUGUGGUGCGGAAGAUGGCCUUGUGGAUAGCUUCGGAUCUAGGAAAGCAUAAAGAAAGAUGUAUCGUACAAACUGGUGUCGGGAUACGUGGAGUACCCAAAGUGAAGAACUGGAAAGAUGUGAGAAGAAUCUCGUUGAUGGAAAAUGGUAUUAAAACCAUAUCUAAGAGCCAUGAGUGUCCUCAACUUGCAACUCUCCUCCUUCGGAAAAACAAACUCAUAGAGAUCUCAGAUGGAUUCUUUCGGUCUAUGCCAAAGCUACUGGUUUUGGAUUUAUCAGAGAAUGCUCUCGGAGGAUUUCGAAUGGAUAUGUGCAAUUUGGUUUCUUUGAGAUAUCUUAACUUGUCAGGGACAUUGAUAGAGGGAUUACCUUGUGGUAUACACAUGUUGAAAAUGCUAACACAUCUGAAUUUGGAGGGGACGAGGAGGCUUGAGAGUGUAGAUGGGAUAUCAGGAUUGUCAAGCUUGAGGACACUGAAGCUACUACGUUCCAAAGUGUGGCUAGAUAUGAGCCUGAUGAAGGAGCUGCGGCUCUUGAAACAUAUAGAGUAUAUGAGCGUAAGUAUCUCGCCAAGUAUUUUGGUUGGGGAGGAAUUGUUGUAUGACCCCAGAAUGGGAACAUGCAUCCAACAAGUUCGUAUUGAGGAGCGUGGGGAAGAAGAGGCAGUAAAAGUAUUAUUUCUUCCAGCUUUGGAUGGUCUCUCUGAUAUUUUCAUAGGGGGAUGUGGAAUGUUGGAGGAGAUAAAGAUAGAGAAGACACCAUGGAACAAAAGCCUGACAACUAGUCCAUGCUUCUCAAACCUCACUGUUGCAAGAAUUGUAUCUUGUGAUGGUCUAAAGGAUUUGACGUGGCUGCUGUUCGCUCCAAAUCUUACUGUUCUUCAUGUGCUUGGUUCAGUGCAACUAGAGGAUAUAAUAAGCAAAGAGAAAGCUGCGAGUGUUUUAGAUAUUGUUCCUUUCCAGAAACUAGAAGAGCUUGUUUUGGAGGAAUUGCCUGAGCUUAAGAGCAUAUUUUGGAAUGCUCUGCCUUUUCAACGUCUGAGACGUCUUUUCAUAGGCAGAGGUUGUGGGAAGCUGAGAAAGAUUCCUCUGAAUUCUAAAAGCGUUUUUAACGUUGAAAAAUUUGUCAUAAUAUGCUAUGAUAGAGAGUGGUUAAAAAGAGUUGAAUGGAGGGACAAAGCCACAAGACACCGUUUCUUACCUCUAUGUACUAUUAAGUGGAAAUAAUUAUUUGAUACUAAUUAUAUUUUGGGAAAUUGCCAAAAAUAGUAUUUUCCCACUAAUCAAUAUUUGUAGGGAAAAUUUCAAAACUACACUUUGUUUGGUACCACUUUUCAGUUUUACCAUCACUCUAAAGAUAUUUUCACAAAUACACUUUUCA